AUGCAAAACUGGAUAAGAGCCCUCGAUGCAAAACGCACUGUGCAUGUGGCCAAUACUGAUCUCCGAAAGGCGUUCGACAGUGUUCCGCACCAGCGUCUCCUUCACAUGUUGCGAAUGAUGGGCAUCGGCGGCAACCUUCCCAAAUGGAUCACGAAUUUCCUCGUCGGUCGUCCUCAAAUUGUCCGCGUGGAGCAACAGCAAUCAAGGGGCACAGAGAUAGAGAGUGGAGUCCCACAAGGCUCAGUGCUCGGACCGACCCUCUUUCUCUCGGUUAUUAAUUAUUGUGUAGAGGAGUUGAACUGUGAUAGUGCCAUGUUCGCAGAUGACAUAAAAAUCGGGAAAGUCCUCCAGAAUGCUGCCGACGAGGCCAACUUUCAAAAAAAUCUUCGUCGACUGGACGAGUGGUCCCGCAGAUGGCCCCUGCCCUUCACUUUGAAUGAAUGCACCAUUCUGCGUCUAGAAAAUCGGAAUCCGAUCCAUAAUACGCGGCAAUAUUAUUUAAACGAGAUGCCACUCCAAGAAGCAUAGUCACAGAAAGAUCUCAGAGUCUGGGUUGCAGACAGCCUAAAGCCCUUUGCUCAAUGUUCUAAGGCGGCUAAAGCCGCAACUUCAGUGCUAUGCGCAAUUAAGCUUGCAUUCGCAGUUUUCGAUGCAGAUUGCUUCUCCAAAGUCUUCGGCACGUUUGUAAGGCCGAAUCUCGAGUAUGAAAUUCAGGCCCGGAGACCGUGGACGCAGCAGGAUUACAGCCUGCUCGAAAAGGUGCAGAGGCGCGCCACAAAAUUAAUAAGAGUUCAAGGUGCCCUGCUUUAUAAGACCCGUCUGAAUAACCUUAAACUCUAUCAUCUGAGUUAUAGACAGUUGAGGGGUGAUUUGAUACAAACUUUCCGUAUUGUGCGUGGCUUGUACUGCGCCCGUCGGUGUUACGACUUUUUUUACUUGCCACGGCAAAUAACCUCCGGGCACAUCCCUUCAAAGUACGUGUUCCCAAAGAAAGAUUGGACGUGAGAAAGCAUUUUUUCUCCAACCGUGUCGUGGAACCAUGGAAUAACCUGGCCGAGGGGACCUUACCGUCUCAGCCUGUGACGACAUUUAAAUGUCGGCUUGACAGACAUAGGCUGCAGCAACAAGCGGACGAUGUGACCUUGAAAUCAGAAAAAACAAUGUCUUAUGUGAAUCGAUGUCUGCUUUCACUUUUUGCUCGAAUCUCCUCAUGUUGUUGCAAAUUUUAAGGAUUUUUAUGUACUCAUAGGAAAAUCAAGGGCGUAAGCCAAUUUUCCUCAAAUACACUGACUGACUGAUUACGCAAGUAUUCCACUGAAGCUGACCGAUAUCGGCUCAAAUAUUUAUGCCAACUUUCAAUUCGAACUUGAAAAUGUUCCCUCAGGAGGAAUUUACUCCAAAUCAACAUAGUAAAAGCUGAAAUUUCACAGCCGUUCUAGAAGCCUCACGUGGAAGGCUGAAGGAUUUCUUGAUUAGCCAAACCCCUCGCAUCUGUGUAAUGCAAUGGCAGAACAGCGACGAAAUGCGUGUCAGGGCCUUUGGCUGGUACCUGUUCUGGCAGUAGCGUUCAUCGUCCAAUGAACACAAUGCUCACCGGCAUUCCGAGUACCGCUGCUAAUCUGGAAAACACCAUCAUGCAGCGCACGCCCGCUGAACUUAAAGGUCAAGUGUCCGUAGUUCUCGGAUACGUGAUGGAAUACUGUUUCCUCCUGAGGGCUGACAAAUGCCGAUUUCCCCUCAAGUCAAUCACCUUUCUAGGGUUCAUCUUUGACGCUGAUUGGUCGCCAACCAGACCCCGAAAAUAUGUGUUCUAUCCACCUACUACUUGCACCCAAUUAUUUAUCACAACUUUGGUUAUUCCUCUGUCCGAUAGGUUACCAUAGCGCCUUCCUGUCAUCGUUACAUGACUUACGAAUCUCGAUCAACCGCUUGUUGCAGAUGGAUGCUGCCUAGACUCGAUGCUCAGCUCGGAUCCUCUGUUCACUCAUUACGACCCGACAACCUUCGCUGCUGUCUCACUGCCCACAGUUAAAACCUUCUCCGAUCGAAACUAAACAAGACCUGCUUGGACAAGGAUCUCCUUAUUGUUGGAGACUUUGACACUCCCGGUGGCGACUGGCAAGUUCUGACUGUUUCAGGUUUACUGGGUACACUAGGUCGUUAUCUGCUCAAAAUGGCAGCGUAAAACUAUUUGCGGAAUGUAACUGCCGGAACAUGUUAGGGAAGGCAAACGUUCAGAUUAACUAGACCUAGUGCACACCCGAGAUGAAGAAAGUGUGCUAGGUCUACAAGAUCUCCAACCAAUGGGUGCUAGUGGUCAUAUUGCAGUGCCCUCCGAGUAUUUAAUGUCCCCACAGCCUGACCAACUUAAACAAUUGGAACAAAUAUCUAGAAGGGCGAUUUUUUCGGGAUGCAAACGCAAGUCUCGGCAAUACCGUGGGUAGCCACAUUGCAACGAAUAUCACACUCAACGACCAUUCGAGCACGUUUAGUGCGUUGU